GGCAGUCAUGCAUUUCAUGGCAGGCUGUGCAGGUAGCCGGAGUCUUGGGCUCCUGGGUCUCCGCAGCACCUCCCAAGGCCUAUGCAUGGUGCUCUUAUUAGUGCUGGUAAUGAAGAGCUUGGUGUUUGGUAAGUUUGCUGUCAAUCGGGAAGCUUCGCCUCCACUUCAGCUCCCCAAAUAUCUGCGCUGUUAUCGAUGCCUCUUUGAGACCAAGGAGUUGGGGUGCCUUCUGGGUUCUGACACCUGCCUUGCUCCACGUGGCGGCAGCUGCAUCACACUCCACAUAAAGAACAGCAGUAGUACUGACAUCAUGGUGAGUGACUGCCGCCGCAAGGAACAGAUGAGUGACUGCUCAUAUACUCGAACUUCUCCGGUGUUUGGCUUCUGGAUAUACUCUCGAUGCUGCUUCCUGGAUUUCUGCAAUGACCCUCAGAGCAGAGCCAUCUAUAAUCCUUAG